GGAAACCAUGUGUCCUGCCCAGGAAACCCCAUGUGUUUGCAGAGACAGAGACUCACUGUCGACCUGGAAGUGGAACUUCUUAACAGGGCAUUCUUAAUCUGAAAAGCAAGUCAUUCAGAUAUAUUUUAGUGACCACUGAAGCUGACAUUGUGUAGAAACACACACACACAGCCUUGCGUCAUGACCCGCAAGCAGAAGAAAUCUGGAAAGAAACACAAACAUAGCAAGAAAAGAGAUGCAAAAAGACGGGGAAAGAAGGAUCCAGGAGUGCCCCAGUUAUCACACUUCAAAGAACAUGUGAAAAAGAGGGAGCAUGUCAAAAAGGAAGCAGCACUAAAGCAGAAGAAGGUUGCAGAACUGAAGGAACGGCAGCGCAUGGCCCGGCAACAGGAAGUCAGCAGGUUCCGGAGUCUAGAGGGUCUUCAGAAGGAUGCCCUGAUGAGGCAAAAGCAAUUUGAACAAAAGGAGGUAGAUCUGAAGCAACUGGCCAAACAUGCCCUGCUGGAGAAAGACAGCUCCUGCAAAGCCUAUUAUAAGGAGUUCAGGAAGGUAGUGGAAGCUGCUGAUGUGAUCCUAGAAGUCCUUGAUGCCCGGGAUCCUCAAGGUUGCCGCUGCCCCCAAGUUGAACAGGCAGUGGUGCAAGCAGGAGCCAACAAGAGGCUAGUACUGGUGCUGAACAAAAUAGAUCUGGUGUCUAAGGAUAUUGUAGCAAAGUGGCUGAAGUACCUGAGGAAUGAAUUUCCUACGGUAGCGUUUAAAGCCUCCACGCAGCAGCAGAGCAAAAACCUGCAACAAAGCCGAGUGCCAGUAACCCAGGCUUCGGGUGACCUGCUCAGCAGUGGCGCCUGUGUCGGGGCAGACUGCCUCAUGAAGGUGCUGGCAAACUACUGCCGGAACCAGAAUGUCCGGACAACCAUCACUGUCGGAGUUGUGGGCUUCCCAAAUGUCGGGAAGAGCAGCUUGAUCAACAGCUUGAAGAGGAGCCGGGCCUGCAGCGUUGGUGCCACACCUGGCGUCACUAAGUGCCUGCAAGAGGUGCAUCUGGACAAACACAUCAAACUCCUGGACUGUCCGGGGAUUGUCAUGGCUUCUCCCACCUCUGAUGCUGUCAUGAUCCUACGAAACUGUGUUAAGAUAGAGCGACUGGUCGACCCAGUUAGUCCAGUGGAGGCCAUUUUGAAACGGUGCAACAAGCAGCAGAUUAUGCAGCACUAUGGUGUGCCAGAUUUCCAAGACACGAUGGAGUUCCUGGCUCAUUUAGCCAGGCGCCAAGGCAAGCUGAAGAGAGGAGGGAUGCCGGACCAUGAGAAGGCAGCCAAAGCAGUGCUAAGUGACUGGACAAGUGGGAAGAUCAGCUACUUCACACAUCCCCCCGAAACCCACACGCUCCCCACUCACAUCAGUGCAGAGAUUGUGGCAGAGAUGGGCAAGGCCUUUGAUUUUGAAGCCCUGGAACAGGAGAACGAGAAAGCUUUGGCAAAUUUGCCCUUGGGUCCUUUUGGCAUCACCUUGGAGAGCUGUGGCCUCACUAGUGGGACAGAAGCUGAAAUGGAGGAGGAAGGAGGACUGUGCAGUCAAGAAGACGAAGAGACCAAGAUGGAGGAAGACGGAGGUCAAGAGUUUGGCCCCAUGACGAUAGAGCUGAAAGCCAAAAACAAGGCCCUCGUGGAAGCAGAGGAGGCUGUGCCUAGGGCUCCUGAUCUGGGGGAGAUCUCCGCUUUGGACCCUCUGCAGCAGGGCCAGGGUCUGCGGGCAGCAAGCAAGAAGCGCAAGAAACGGCGGAAACGAGCAGAGAAAAUCGCCACCAAACUCUCAGCAAGUCUAACAGCAGCCAUGAAUUUCAGCCUGUCAGAUGACUGAGUUCAGGAGAGAAGAUGGGCACUGGGGGCUCCAUUUUACCUACCUCAGAAAGACCACACCCCACACGGUCAUGAGCAGCAGGAGGGGACUCUAUGCAUCCUACCAUCUUCCCACAUGGUGGUGGGAACUGACGACUACAUGCCUAGGCAAAAACUAAGAGCUGGUGUGCUGAGAAACGUCUUAUUUAAUAGGUUAAAAAUCAGGAGUGCUUUAAAAAUAAAACUGUCAUUGCUUUAG